GCGGGGGGCGGGGUCUGACAUGGCCCACGUCACUAGUUGUGUAGGGGAGUAUGGGCUGUGCUGUCAGCCCGGUGUCAGUCUGAUGAAGAUUGGCAUUCAGACUAUCAGAGAUUGGACUCGUGUGUACCAGGCAGAGCUCACAGGAACAAUUCAAUGCUCUAAUGCCGAGGACAAAAUAACUGGUCUCCAUGUGAAGCUCUCCCAUGAUGCAACAUGUGCCUCCAGCACCAGCACUGACAAUGAUGGCCACACAGAGCGUCCCUCCACCAUCCUAUCAAGAGAGCCAACAGAUGACAGGCACUGCACAACAGAACUCCAAGGCCCAGCAGGUCCACAUCUCAGCGGCAUCAGGCGCAGGGGCCGCCGCGCUCAGCGUUACCCUUGACCCGCAGGCCCAGCUGGAGUCAGACAAAAGGGCUGUGUACAGACACCCAUUGUUCCCACUGCUGGCUUUGCUGUUUGAGAAGUGUGAGCAGGCCACACAGGGCUCAGAGUGCAUCACCUCAGCCAGCUUCGAUGUCGAUAUUGAGAAUUUUGUGCACCAGCAGGAGCAAGAGCGCAAGCCUUUCUUCAGCGAGGACCCAGAACUCGAUAACCUGAUGGUGAAGGCCAUCCAGGUGUUACGGAUCCACCUGCUAGAGCUGGAAAAGGUGAACGAGCUCUGUAAAGAUUUCUGCAAUCGCUACAUCACUUGCCUCAAGACUAAGAUGCACAGUGACAAUCUGCUACGCAAUGACCUGGGGGGUCCGUAUUCACCGUCACACACCAGCCUUCAGCAGGAUAUGAUGCAGACUUCCUCGUCCUCACUGUCAUCUGUCUCCAGCUCUGUUAACUCUUCAGGCAUUGCAGCCUGCUCUUUGCCCCAGAGCAAUGUCAACAUGACCAGCAUCAACUCACAGGUGGUGUCAGGUGGGGCCCUGUAUCAGCCGGUUGCUAUGGUGACUUCUCAAGGGCAGGUGUUAACCCAGACUCUACAGCAGGGGACCAUCCAGCUUCAGAACACACAGGUGAACCUGGACCUCGCCUCACUCUUGGACAGCGAUGAUAAGAAGUCGAAGAACAAGAGGGGCGUCCUUCCCAAACAUGCCACAAACAUCAUGCGCUCCUGGCUCUUCCAGCAUCUCAUGCACCCUUAUCCUACAGAAGACGAGAAAAGACAGAUUGCCGCACAAACCAAUCUCACCUUACUACAAGUAAACAACUGGUUUAUUAAUGCACGCAGGCGUAUCCUACAGCCCAUGCUCGACGCCAGUAACCCUGAUCCUGCCCCUAAAGCCAAGAAGAUGAAGUCGCAGCACAGACCAACUCAGCGUUUUUGGCCUGACUCCAUCGUGGCUGGUGUGCUGCAGACACAUGGCCCUCAUUCUGCUAACAAUUCAGACAGUUCCCUCGGAAUGGACAGCCUGCAGCCUCUCUCCUCUGACUCGGCCACUCUCGCCAUGCAGCAGGCCAUGUUGGCAGGAGCCGAGGACUCAAUGGACGGUACAGAUGAGGAGGAAGAGGAAGAAGAGGAUGAGGAAGGAAUGGAAGAUGAGGAAGAAGACGAAGAGGAAGAAAGGCAUCUGUCUGUCAGGAGAGAUCUGCGCCUUGAUCACAGCGAGGGACUGGAUCUUUCGGCUGCUCCCGGCAAGGGGUCGCCACAGCUUGCGGACAUGUCAAUUGCUAAGAGAGCUGCACAGGCUGUGCUGUCCGACGCCCUGCUUCAGAACAAUAAUGAAGACAGCCGCCUUCGUCACCUGGAACUGGAGCUGCCCUUAGACAAAUUCAUCAAAUUUGUAUCAGUGGGACUUCCUCUAAUGCUGGUGUCUUUGGCAUUUGCUCGAGAGAUUUCAGUCGGUCCACAGGUUAGCUGUUUUCCUCCCAGCAACUUCACAUCGAAGCAGGCUGCGUAUGUAGACACCUACUGCUGGGAUUCACUGAUGCACCAUGAGUUUGAUACACAUGGAAACUCUGAAGAACGUUCACUGUGGGUUCAUAAGAUGUUCCCCUACUCUCUGCUGAUCAUGGCAAUGAUAAUGUACCUUCCAGCUCUGAUCUGGAAGUUCCUGGCUAUGCCAAUUCUUGGUUCUGAUCUGCUCUUUAUAAUUGAUGAGCUAGACAAGUCUUACAACCGCUCAGUGCGCUUGGCUCAGAGCAUUGUGGAACUGCAACAGAAUACAGACCCAUAUGAAUUUCAAGCAGAGUUGCAGAGAGCCAAGAGGAAGCGUUACUUUGAGUACCCUCUGCUGGAGAGAUACAUGCAAUACAAGCAUAGUUCCUACUUCCUGGUCAGCAUGCUUUUUCUGCGUGGCUUCCUCUUGCUCACUUUCAUGUCAGCAUCCUGUCUCUAUCUGGUCUACUUUCAUCUUUCAGCCUUCCUGCAGGACGAGUUCAGCUGCUUUAUGCGCACGGGGAUCCUCCAAGAUGAGUUCUGGGUUCCCACGCUGGUGCAGUGCAAGAUCAGUGGCCUGAUGGUGUUCCAGGUUAUUAGUAUAGCUAACGGUGCCACUUAUGUGCUGCUUGGUCCCAUUGUCCUGUUCAGCCUGCUGCGUCUCUUCUGCUGGGACACCAGUUUCCUCUCAUUGUAUGAGGUGCUUCCUGCUCUGGGGCUUAUCAGUGGUCAGAAGCUGGGAUGCCCAUUGAAUGACCUGAACGUUCUUCUCCUCUUCCUGCGCAGUAACGUGGCACAGCUGCGCUCGUAUGGUCGACUCAAGGCCUUGUGCUCACUAGCUCCCCCUCAUUUGCACAGGGGUAAGGGCAUGCUGACAGAGGAGCAGGUUGAGGAAGCUGCUGAAGCAGCUGAGGAGAUGCAAGAGGCGAUACAGGAAGCUAGAGAGGAGGGCAAACACAAUCUAGUGGACAUCAUGACCAUGCUUGGGGCGACAAGAGGGAAUGUGAUGAACUGCCCUGAGCAUCGCCCUCUAGUGGAGGAAAACAUGACACUCGGUACAGUCAGUCUCAUCUGUGUCCUCAAGAGCAUUCUGAUACUGGGCAUAAUUGCAUAUAUAAUAUGGGACGUUCAGAAAAUAAUCAAGUGAAGUCUCCUCCAUUGCAUUAUUAAUGUAAAAUUUAAGAGAGAAUGGUGCUCUAUUUUUAGCCUUAAUUUAAAAUAAAGACAGGUUUAAACAGUGAAUACACUUAUAUAUUAUAAUUUUUAUCAUUGUUAAUAUACAGUUGAUCACCUUUAAAGAAAAUUGCAACCCAUAUAACAGUGACAAAUGGGCAAACUUUACUUUCUAAUUACAAACUGUUUAUAUAUAAAAAAAAAACUGUAAUUGUUCUUUUCCAGUAGCUUUUUGUGUAAUUUAUACAAUGAGCUAACAGGUUUUUGAAAGCACAGUGCAGGAUGAAAUAAGAAUUCUAAAGGAGGCUUUAGAAGCAAACAGUUCAUGGUAGAUUUGAUUCCCCUAACAGCCCUCUCUGUCUUUUUUCAGAACCUAACCACCAGGGCUACCAUGAACUGGAGGAGUCUACAUCAUGUUGUUUUGGCUAAGCCUUCCACUAAUGGACUGAACCAUCACUGUACAGGACAUAUAUUGACCGUAAACUAACCACAUCCCCUCUAGACUAGAAAUAGAUCUAAACCGAAUUGACUAACGGAGCCUCUUUAUUGGAACAAGAUCAAUUCAUUAUAUUAGUUUUUUGUCAAGUAAAUCCUUGUACACCAAAGUCCUUCAAGAAUAUUGAGGAAGCCUUCAAAAAGCCUCUAUUAGAAUUCAGUUCUAUGUGAAGUGUGUCUUGGUGUUUUAAACUUUCAUUUUUUUUUUUUUUUUUUACUGUUAUAAACCCUUUUUUGUGUGACAUAUUGCAGCAUUUUGUUUGUGGCUAAAACUGUUACUUGAUUCUAGAUGAAACUGUAAAUUAAACUUUGCUGUGCUUUAUUUGUAACUUAUAGUUGUUAAAUUAAUUUUUC